AUGGGACUGAGGUGCGGGACGAGGACCACCAAGUGCCAGCUGCUGGUGACCAGCCUCUGUGUCAUGCUGCUGGGGCUAUCCAUUGCCAUACUGAGCACAGUCACCCACUAUGGGCUCCAUUUCACCCUCAUCAGUGAUAUCUCCCUGGAAAGCAACUCCUACAGAGUCAUCCACCACACAGCUUUCUACUUUGGGAUCUGCCUGAGCAUGACCCUGAUCCUGGCAGCCCUGUUGAGCUGUGCUGCCACGGUGCGCGAAUCGCAGUCUCUCACCGCCAUGGGAUUUUUCUGUUUUGCUUUGGCCUUCUGUGGAUUGAUCCCAGCUGUCUGCUGGAGAUAUAUGCACAGCACAGAG